AUGGCCCUCCCCCUCGUCCCUCUUGCCCUCCUGGGCCUCUUCCUCUUGACCCUUUUCAGGAUCAGGAACGUCGGGCGCAGACCCAAUGACCUCCCUCCCGGUCCUCCCACCAAAUGGCUCCUUGGCAAUUUGUUACAAAUGCCCAAAGAGAAGGCCUACCUCCAAUUCAAGAAGUGGGCGGACGAGUACGGCCCCAUUUACACGCUCAUUCUCGGCACGCAAACUACCAUUGUCUUGAACGACGCCGAGAUGGUCAAGGAAUUGUUGGACAAGCGCAGUGGGAUUUACUCCUCCCGUGCUGAGGCUUACUUGUCCAGAGUGGCAAGUAAGGGGUUGCGCAUGGCUGGAUGGUUCUACGGCGACCAAUGGCGCCGCGCCCGCAAAAUCCUGCACUCCAUCCUAAACAUGGCCUCCUCCCUCAGUUUCCGGCCCUACCAAGACCUGGAAAACAUUUCUUUGCUAGCCGCCAUCCUCGAAGACACCUGCUCCGUCUCCGCCACCGAGGCCGGCAAGUCGCGCCUAUUCGAACACUUCCGCCGCACCUCGCACUCCUUAGCAACCUCCAUCUUCUAUGGCUUCCGCAUCCAAGACUCCUCCGACCCUCGCCUGCUGCAGAUGUACCAGAACCUGCAAUACUUCUCCGACCUCAACGGUGCGCAAGCCGCCGCUCUCUUAGAUGUCUACCCCUUUCUUCGCAACUUCCAGCGUUUCUUGCCAAUCUACAAGCACGCGGUGGCUGUAGGCGAAAAGACGAGCCAGUUUUUUUUGAGUUUGUGGAUGCCGGCCAAGCAGAAAGUUCUCCAGGGGACGUCGCAGCCUUGUUUUGCUAUUUCGAUGGUGAAAGCGCAGGAACAGGGGAUUACAGAUGAGGAAGCGGCGUUUAUUAUUGGCAAUGCGGGCUUGGAGGCGGCCAGCGAUACGACCUCGAGUACGCUGGCGGCGUUUAUUAUGGCUAUUGUUAUGUAUCCUGACGUUGCGAGGCGGUUGCAGGAGUGUGUGGAUGAGUUUACCGACGGUGGGAGCCGGAUGCCUAGUAUUGAGGAUUUCGCGGAUCCCAGGGCGCAGUAUGUCAGGGCGUGCAUGAAGGAAGCACUGAGGUGGAUGCCGACGGGGAUUUUGGGCGUGCCGCAUGCGGUGAUUAGGGAUGAUGAGUAUAGGGGGUAUCGGAUCCCGAAGAACUCGAGUAUUGUGUUGAAUAUCUGGGGCAUCAACACGGAUGAAAAGCGCUACAAGGACCCUCACACGUUCAACCCGGACCGGUUCAUGCACGACACGCAAACCUCUUCCAAAGCGGCACUGAACCCCAACGUUGCUGAGCGCGAUCACUACACUUUCGGUGCUGGCCGUCGUAUCUGUCAGGGUCUGCACGUCGCUGACGACUUUCUGUUUCUGAGCAUUGCCCGCCUGAUGUGGGCGUUUAACUUUGACCGGGCUGUCGACCCGCAGACCGGCAAGGAGAUCGUGCCGGAUAGACUUGAUCUGAUCGGUGGGUUGCUGGUGCAGCCGGCGCCGUUCAUGAUGAAUAUCACGCCUAGAAGCGAGAAGAGGGCGCAGAUGGUUAGGGAGGCGUGGAGGGAGUGUCAGGAAAUGAAGCUGGAUGGGGAGAUGCAGUGGAAGAGCGUGCCCGGGGAGAUGUUCAGUGUGUUUCCUAGUAUGAGCGAGGUGAAGGCUUAG